ACUGUUUUGGAAUGGCUUCUUGUGUCUUCUCUAUUGAACGCGCUCUGAAAACGCGGAAAACACCGCUAUUAUUAGAUUUUUUUUUUACUACCACAGAAGAGGCAAUACACCUCCUAGAGAAAUAUACAGGGAAACACAUAAACGGAAAAGAGAAACCUUCUUCAAUAAGAACUUAAAAUGUUAUUAUUCCGGUUACCAGAUGAUGUGCUCUAUCUACCACAUCAUGUCAUAUUUGGAAUACAAGUCUUUGAGUCGCCUUUCUCAAGUUUGCAAAACUGUUUACCAUUUUGCUAAUCGGGACGCAGUAAGGAGGAAGAUAGAGAAAGAGUUCAUAAACACUGGAAUGUCAUGACAAGAAGCGGAUGUGUAAGAAAUACAUUUGUUAUUCGUACAGUAGGCUACAGUGGUCGUUUCAUGAUAAGUAUCUCCACAUCCCCGCUGAAGGACAGAGUGAAGGUAUCUCAGAACUGGAGCCAUGGGAUCUGCAGAAAGGAAGUCACACUCAAAUGGAGGAUUAACUCGUUGCCAUGGAUACAGCCUCGAUGGGGAUGUGCUGUAUCUGUCUGCAGACAUCGGAGUGCGCACCUCGUUAGUGGAGGAAGAGAUGGUAAGAUCCUGGUGCACCACAGGAGGAAUGGAUUCUCUGUAGAGUACUCAGGUCACAAGCAGGAGGUGAACUGCCCUGGCUGCAUAGGAGGACUGAUGGUCUGCGGCUCCAGAGACAGAACAGCCCGGAUUUGGACUUUGUCUUCCAACUGCCCCGGAGGCACUAUCCCCAUGAAUGACAAGGUGUCUGUGGCUAUUAGUCCCACACAGAGCAGAGCCCAGGGUCAGAGGUCAUACUCGCUGAGGGCCCGCCACCCUGAUUGGACCAAAUUAGUUUACCCAACACUAAUUAACAUGGGCUUCGCUAACGGACCUCUCCACUUAACGGGCCUAACAGCUGCCCCUGUGCCUCAGUGUGAGUUGCUGUGUUGUCUAGGUUCAGAGUCCCAGAGGGAAGCAGGUGUGGUGGAUAUAGUAUAUGAGUCGCCCUUCCAGCAGCUCACCUGUGGCUACGACGCCUAUAUCCGCUCUUGGGACCUCCGCCUCAGCCCCAGGAAGUGUGUCAUGGAGUGGGAGGAGCCUCACGACAGUGCCCUCUACUGCAUCCAGACGGACGGGAAUCACAUGAUUGCCAGUGGCUCCUCCUACGAUGGCGUCAUACGGAUGUGGGAUAAGUGGCAGACCCGCUGCGUAGAGAUGUUGCAGUUAUCCUCCGCUGUGAGCAGCCCAGUGUGGUCACCUGAUGCAGCACUCCAUCACUCUUCUUCUUGGUCAAAUAGCCUUGGAGGUGUGUUGGGUCAUUGUCCUGUUGAAAAACAAAUGAUAGUCCCACUAACCAGAUGGGAUGGCGUGUCGCUUGCGAAUUCUGUGGUAGCCAUGCUGGUUAAGUGUGUCUUGAAUCCUAAAAAAAAUCACAGACAGUGUCACAAGCAAAGCACCAUCACACCUCCUCUAUGCUUCAUGGUGGGAACCACACAUGCAGAGAUCAUCUGUUCACCUACUCUGCGUCUCACAAAGACACUGCGGUUGAAACCAAAAAUCUCAAAUUUGGACUGAUCAGAACAAAGGACAGAUCUCCACCGGUCUAAUGUCCAUUGCACAUAUUUCUUGGCCCAAGCAAGUCUCUUCCUUAUUGGUGUCCUUUUAUUAGGGGUUUCUUUGCAGCAAUUCAACCACAAAGGCCUGUUUCACGCAGUCUCCUCUGAACAGUUGAUGUUGAGAUGUGUCUGUUAUUUGAACUCUGUGAAGCAUUUAUUUGGGCUGCAAUUUCUGAGGCUGGUAACUCUAAUGAACUUAUCCUCUGCAGCAGAGCUAACUCUGGGUCUUCAUGAGAGCCCACCACACCUCAUAUUUGAGCUGUUCUUGCCAUAAUAUGGACUUGGUCUCUUUCCAGAUAGGGGUGGUAUACAGAAGAUAGUCCUAUCUUGUCACAACACAACAGAUUGGGUCAAACACAUUAAGAAGGAAAGGAAGGAAAUUCCACAAAUUAACUUUUAACAAGGCACACCUGUUAAUUGAAAUGAAUUCCAGGUGACUACCUCAUGAAGCUGUUUGAGAGAAUACCAAGAGUGUGCAAAGCUGUCAUCAAGGCAAAGGGUGGCUACUUUAUAGAAUCUCAAAUAUUAAAUAUAUUUUGAUUUGUUUAACACUUUUAUGGUUACCCACAUAAUUCCAUAUGUGUUGUUUCAUAGUUUUGAUGUCUUCACUAUUAUUAAACAAUGUAA